AUGGCCCAGCAGCAGCAGCAGCAGCCUGUUGGCCCUGUUCUUGUUUACCCUAACAAUGUCAACAAGCAGCCUUCAUCUUCCCACCAUUCAAACGGCUCAUUCGGGACUGUUUUCAUCGUGCUGGCCGUUAUAAUCGUCAUCUCCGCCAUCGCUUGCUUUCUAGGAAGGCUCUGCAACCGCCGCCUCAACAGCUCGAGACCCCAUAGGCAACCGCAGCAUAACUUUCGUCCCAAGAAAGAAGCUGGCCGUGCUGAUGGCGGUGGUGGAGAUCAUCACAUGGAGUUUGGCAGGGCUCCAAGCUUUCGAGCAGGCCCGAAAGUAGCAGACGUCGAAUUCGGAUUCGAUAGGAAAAACCCGAAUGGGAAUAGCAGCAGCAGAGGAGAGGGCAGAGGAUACAUGAAUCAUCAUCACAAUAAACCACAUCAUAACGGAAAUGGUGAAAUGGAUCAUCACCUGAAGGGUGAAAUGAACCAGCAUCCUGGCGGCGACGGCGAGCAUCACGUUGGAAUGGGAGAUCCCAGAGCCAGUGGAUGA